UUUUUUUUUUUUUUUUUUUUUUUUACUGUUUUAUCUUAUGCAUUUUCCAAAAGCCCGCUGUUCAUUGCGAAAGCUUUUAGUAUGAAAUACAUCCAGCAAAAGUGUUGCGUAUUUAUGUAUACUUGACAAACUGUGGUCGUUGACCCCCUGGAAUAACGUUAGUUUGUGUCAAAGGUAAGAUGCGCCAACCAACUCAUUAACUGUUACCUCUAUAUCAGGAAAGGACAGUACUCGGUCUUAAGGUUGUAACGUUACUGUGUUUGGGCUCCACCGUGUGCGACUGGUAUGUUAAUAUUUAACUUAGAGCAUUUUACGUCUUCAUUUGUCAGCUAGCUAACGUUAACUCCACAAGUACAGUUUAUCUGGGUACAGCUAACGUUGUAGCCAGUUCGCGGAACAAAUUUGAGCUUUUACUGCCAUAAAACAUGGACAGUAAUCAGGAGAAGAAGGAGCUGUCAGCGAUUUUAAAGGUAGUGGCCUGCCUAGUUAGAGAAAAUGGUGUCUCCAAGCUAGCCAACGUUAGCUUGUCACUGUCACUCCCCAAAAGUCAACACACGGUGACGGAGACGUUGUGAGAAAGUAGCUACCAAAAAAGUCAAAGUUUUACUCUUUAAUAAGUUUUCCUGGUAGAGACAACAGCCAAGACUUGACAUGAACUAAAAUGGAAAUAACGUCACUAGCUUAACGCUGGGAUAUGUGUGUUUGCUUGUUGCUCGUAACGCUACGUACGUUUUAGCUAACGUUAUAAUGCAAAGCGUUAUAACUGCCCGCAGAGUUAACGUCAUGAAAUGCAUGGUUCAUGUUCACAGUUCUCCGAUUUAUAUAUAUGUAUUUAUAUUUGUUGUAACGUUAGCCUAUUUGUUAUAGUGUUGAAACGAUUAGCCUAUUAAUCGAUCGAAAGAAAAUUAAUGGCCAACAAUUUUGAUGUUGUUUCGUCAUUGUAAACUGACAAUCUUGGUUUCGAUAUGCUGAUCAGUUAAAGUUGACAUUUUUCAUUAUUUACUGGCAGUUUUAGACCAAUGAUUAAUCGAUCAGUCAAUUAAAUAAUCGACAGAUUAAUCAAGAAUUAAAAUAAUCGUUGGAUAUUUGAUAAAUUAUAAGUGAGGAGAAAGGGGAGAUAAAACAGCUGUGCAAUGUGAUACUACACUUUGUCAAGGGACAAGGAAAAGGACAGGUGUAUAGUUACAGGGUGUAAAAUUACCAUUCAGGAAGCUCUUUCAGAUGUAACAUAAUAUAGUAUGUAAGAGAAUAAAUGUCUCUGAACACAAAAGUAAAGAAAAGAAAAACCCGAAGUAAAGACACUUAACUGGUGUCUUGGUUUGUUUUCUAACAUCUCAUUGGGUGUUUUUUUUUGUUUUCGUAUGAAAUCGAAUGGCGAUGUCUCUUUAAAACUAGAACCUGCCCUGUCAGGGUGUAGUUUUGCAUGAACAGACGUGGUAGUAUUAGAGUGAUUAUGAUGCAGAUAUGCCCAUUCUUUGCAGUAACAUCUUUUCUCUCCAAAUCAAUUUACAGUUGUCUGAGAACUCAAGUUUUUGGUCUCACUUCCUGAAACUGGAUUUUGAGGGUUCAGUGAUGGAGUUUCACCAAUAAGUUUUCCUACUUCGCAGAGAUCAUAUAAUUGAUUUACUGUAAAGUUCACCAGCAUGUUUCAUCGCCAUGGGAUGACUGGUUAGUGAAACUGUGACUGUCAGUAUUUUUUCUGAAAUGGAGGAAAGAGGAAAUACCUUUAACUAUAACUAACAGCAUCUACAGCUUUUACUAUUUCACGUCAGCACAGUCACACAGCCAUGGGCAUCUGUUUGCCUGUGUGCAAGAUUUUGCGGAGGGGGAAGUAUUUUGUACUGCUCCUUCUCUUGCUCUCAGUGCUGGCAUGGAUCUCAACUUUUUCAGGCGUAACAGUGAAAUCGGUUCAGAUUUCCUCCGUCACAACACAAACUCUUGUCAAAAGAGACAGCCUGAGGGAUAAACUCAACUCCUGGACAGCAGCACCGGUUAACUUAAAUACUCCACCACCAAAAGUUGAAUGCCUUCAGGAGUCACCAUUGCUACAUGGAGCUGUGAAGUUGUCCUUCGAAUCCUCUCUGAAACUGAAGGAUGUGGAGAGUGACAACAAAGGGGUGACUGAAGGCGAGUAUGAGCCCUCAGACUGUACAGCGAGGCAGAGCGUAGCGAUCCUCAUCCCUCAUCGCAACAGAGAGAGACACCUCCUCUACCUCUUGCACCACCUGCACCCCUUUCUGCAGCGGCAGCAGCUACACUACGCCAUUUAUGUCAUCCAGCAGGCUGGUGAUGCAACUUUUAACCGUGCCAAGUUACUGAAUGUCGGGUAUUUGGAGGCACUGAAGGACUACAGUUGGGAGUGCUUCAUCUUCCAUGAUGUGGACCUGGUUCCUGAAAAUGAUCACAAUUUAUAUGUCUGUGACAAGCAGCCAAAACACUUGGUGGUUGGCCGGAAUGCCACAGGAUACAAGCUGCGUUACAAAGGCUACUUUGGAGGAGUCACAGCUAUGACCAAAGACCAGUUUCUUCAAGUGAAUGGAUUCUCUAACACUUACUGGGGUUGGGGCGGAGAGGAUGAUGACCUUCGCAUCAGGGUUGAGCUGCAGAAAAUGAAGAUUGUACGGCCACCCGCUGAUGUAGCUCGCUAUACCAUGGUGUUUCACAAACGGGACAGUGGCAAUGAAAUAAACAAAGACAGGAUGAGGUUGUUAGGACGAACACCGCAGGUAUGGAGAAAGGAUGGACUCAACAGCUGCUUAUAUAAGACUUUGUCAGUAGAGAGGAUGCCUCUUUAUGUGAAUGUUACUGUGGACAUUGGUAAGCCAUAGAGUUUAGAUUUCAAACAGCAAGCCCUGCUGUGAAAAUAUUUCAUGAUAUAUUGUAUACAGUAUGUGUACAAGACACCAUAUUAAGCACACAAAAUGCACAUUGUUUUUAGUUUACAUAUUAAAAUUAAGCUCAGCUGGCAACUACACCUUUGCACAUUUUGCAUAUCAUGCUGCCUUCAUAUUGUGACCAGCCUGCAAAAAAUAAAUAAAUUAAACAGGGUGUUUUUUUCCUGUCAAGUAAUGAUUGGCUUUGGCCAAAUAAAGAAGUUAGCUGGUAAAUAUUCCUGGUAUUUUAAUUGUAUUGCUAAAACAUACAGCUGUCAGACUUCAAUUUAUUUAUGCAUAUGCAUUAUUAUGCAUGAAAUAUUACAGCAUAAAACAUGCUGAUAUUUUAUAUACAUGUGUGUACAAUGUGUAUUUUGUGUGCUUCAUUCUGUGGAUGCAUUGACUUUCUAAAGCCCCUACAGCCACAGGUGUUGUCACAUAUGUUGCCUAAUUAGACCUUGUCUCAGAACUGUCUGGGAGGUACAGACUGUGAUUGAUUGAUUGAUAGAUAUCUCCCUCACGCUCAUGCUAGAUUUGUUGCUUCUGUUAAGGCAGGACAAUUUGCCCCUUUAAUACUAGUACAUAGCAUGUAGUGACCUCACGUUUCCCUGCAUAGCUCCGCCCAGAGACCUGAGCAGAUGUCUAAUCAGCCAGACAACUGAGAUUUCCUUUGUAGGUGUGCAGAGCCUAUAAGACUAAGUUAAUGUUUAGAUUUGAUUCAAGGCUGCUUGGAUCUGAUGCACAGAUGUAAAGUGAACAUUGGAUCAGUUCAUUAUGGUCAUCAGUAAUGUGCAUUAAAGCUGCGUUAAUUGAUUUUUGACUGCUAGAUGGCAGAAAAUCAAAACAUAUUAACAGCAACAGAGCCUUGAUAUACUUUUAUCAGUUUUUCUAAAGCAUCCUAUCACAGUAACUAAAAAAGUAAUCAUCCCUCUUAGACUAUGACUCUAGUCAUGUUGUAUUGUUUUACAGCACAGUGGAUUUAUUUAGGCUUUUUCUAGACACGGAUUAACAAAAAUAGUUACCUUUGGUAUCUUUGCCUUGGGCCAACUAGGCUUUAUUUACAGAACUUGAGAACCGUGACCAUAUUUGGAUGAAUAAUGUUUUUUUAAUAAGGCCUUACAUGCUUGUUUUUUAAGCAGGAAUUAAUGGGUGGUGGUUUCUUAUUCAUUACCUUUUAACAUUUUUAAAAUUAUAAUUGUAGUCUUUUGAGACCAUUAAUAUAACUUUUUUUUACUAUUAUCGUAUGUGAAGAGAAAAAUCAAAAAAAAUGUGCAUACUUAUGCAUUGAUCAUUGCAUGCUGCUUAGAAAUAUGUGUCUCAUGCACUCAUAUCAAAUUUGUUACAUAAAUGAUUUUAUUUUAAUUUAAGGUGGGGUAUGCGAUUCUGGAAAAAUCCAACACCAUGACAAAUACCAUAAUAUAGAGCGACCGACACAGCAAGUAAUGUAACGUUAGCUAGGCUGUGAGUUAGCAAACUGUCCCUACAGUUGCUCCUGUGAAGCUAACAGCCAGAGAGGACGAGACGGUUUCCCAGAGCCAACACACCAGCUCCAGACAGCGAUACUCACAACUCUCCUGCUGUUAUAGCUAACAUCACAACAGCAGCAUAUCUUGGCAAACUAGAAAGUAAGCUGAAUGUCCGUGGGCAAGUCAUUUAACGUUACCUGACACACAAAUCAUGGCUCCCAUUUACAGAGCCAGGGCUGUGUACAAACACUAGACAGCUUGCGGACUGUGAGGAGAUUUUUGCUGAAUUUGACCAAAAGACAUGUAUUGGAUUAGAAUCACAUACCCCACCUUUUAAUGUAUUUAUUGAAGGUAGUUUAGCUGCUGGUAUGUUAUGAGUACAAUAUGUUUUGUCUUUAUCUGACCAGCAAAUCCGACUUCUUUCAAGACUGAGCAAUAUUACUAACUGUAAUGACAAACAUGGCUACAGUUUACUUGAGCCACUCCUCUUUAUAUAUUCAUUUUCAUAACAGUUUUUCUAGGUUGUUGGUGUCCUGAUCGUCUGUUUGUUUCAUGGUCACAUCUCCACUCCUGAAUGAAUGUCAUGGGGUUAUUUUUCUACUGUGGGUUGAAAACUUACAUGUAAAAAUAUUGUAAGUGCACAAGUUAAACUACAAUUUCUGAAAAAGAUUUUGUAAUAUGAUUAAAACCGAAAAAAUAUGUGGUAAUAGUGUAGCAUCAAACUGAAUUAUUAUUAUUUUUUUAAUAUAUAAAUCAUUGUAUGAAAUUCAAAGUGAUGCCAUAUGAGAAUGUCAUUUGGUAGAUUCAUUUUGUAUGUUGUUUUGGAUUGAUUUUUCAUGUUGAUGGGAGAACACACAUCAUGGUUAUAUAUGGUUAUAUGUGUAUAUGGUUUUAUGAAUCUACAGUCUUGGCACCACAAUUUUGGUUUCUCCUGAAUGCUAAAGUGUUCUUUGUGUCAAUCAUGAGUGCAAAAUAUCAGUGAGGGCUACUUGUUUGCAAUAAAUACUAUAAUUGGGAGACUUCAAUUCUUAUGAUCUUUGAGGGAAUGUAGCUUGCUUUUGUUGUGACAAUUGGUUCUAUAUCUAAUGUUUUGGAUAUAUUGGUGGUACUAAUUGGUGCAAUAAAAGAUUGUAUUUUUUAUUUUA